AUGAUAAGCUUACUACAAAAAUUAUUUUCCUUGCUAAUAGUGACAGAAUUUGUUCUAGGAAAUGUUGCCAAUGGAUUCAUAGCACUGGUGAACUGCACUGACUGGGUCAAGAGAUGCAAGAUCUCCUGUGCUGAUGGAAUUCUCACUGCUCUGGCUAUCUCCAGGAUUGGUUUGCUCUGGGUAAUAAUAUUCUAUUGGAAUGGAUUUCUGUUAAAUCCAGCUUUGUAUAAUUUAAGACUAAAAACUAUUAUUGGUAUUACCUGGGCAGUAAGCAACCAUUUUAGCCUCUGGCUGGCCACCAGCCUCAGCAUAUUUUAUUUGCUCAAGAUAGCCAAUUUCUCCUCUCUCCUAUUCCUUCACCUAAAAUGGAGAGCUGAAAGAGUGGUUUUCAUGAUACUAUGGGGGAGUUUGUUCAUCUUGGUUUGUCAUCUUACAGUGCUAAGCAUAGAUAUUAAAAUGCAGAUGAAUGAUUAUGGAAGAAACAUCACUUGGAAGACCAACUUGAUGGAGAUUAUGUACUAUUUAAAUAUGACUGUACUCACACUUACAAACAUCAUACCCUUUAUUAUGUCCCUGACAGCUUUUCUGCUGUUAAUCUUUUCCCUGUGGAAACAUCUGAAGAAGAUGCAGCUCAGUGGCAAAGGAACUCAAGAUCCCAGCACCAAGGUCCACGUAAGAGCCAUGCAAACUGUGAUCUCCUUUCUCUUGCUAUUUGUCAUUUAUUUCCUUGCUCAAAUUUUGGCAAUUUGGAGUUUUAUAACUCCGAAGAAUACUUCCGUUCUCAUGCUUAUUGAGGUUCUUAGAAUGCUGCAUCCUUCAGUGCACUCAUUCAUUCUGAUUUGGGGGAACAAAAUGUUAAGACAGGCCUUUCUGUCAUUUUUGUGGCAACUGAGAUGCUGGCUGAAGGAAAAGAAGUAA